AUGAGGUCAAUUCAACAUCAAAUUGAUGUAGUUCCAGGCGCACCACUUUCUAAUAAAGCAGCAUAUCGGAUGAAUCCAACGCGGCAAGAGGAACUUCAACGACAAGUCAAGGAACUACUAGAUCGUGGACUAAUAAGGGAAAGUUUAAGUCCUUGUGUUGUACCUGCCUUGCUCGUUCCUAAGAAAGAUGGAUCUUGGCGUAUGUGUGUUGAUAGUCGUGUUAUUAACAAGAUCACCGUCAACAAGGAUGAUCAACAACAUUUGAAGCACUUGAGGAAGAUUUUUGAAGUUUUAAGAGAGCAAACACUUUAUGCCAAAUUAAAGAAGUGCAAGUUCUUUUCUGAGCAAGUCUCUUUUCUCAGUUAUAUUGUCUCUAGUGAGGGAAUUCAUGCCGACUCGGGAAAGAUUGAAGUUAUUGCUAGCUGGCCUAUUCCAAAAAGUUUAACAGAGAUUCGCAGCUUUCAUGGUAUGAUUUCUUUCUAUCGGCAUUUUAUAAAGAAUUUUAGCUCUCUUGUUGCUCCUAUUACCGAGUGUUUGAAGGGAAACUUGUUUAAAUAG